AUGUCCUCCCCGGCGUUCGCGGCGACCAUCAAGCUCGGCGGUGAUAACGGCGAGCUCGGUUUCUACCCGCCGUCCAUCACGGUCAAGGCUGGUGAAACGAUUGAAUUCGUCAACAACAAGGCGUUCCCGCACAACGUCGUCUUCGACGAAGACAACGUGCCGGCGGGCGUCAACGUCGACGCCAUCUCGCACGAAGACUACUUGAACGGCCCGGGCGAGAAGGUGACGAACAAGUUCGACACCCCGGGUACGUACGGCUACUACUGCGAACCGCACCAAGGUGCGGGCAUGGCGGGUAAGAUCAUCGUCCAAUAA